AUGGCUGCCAAAGCAGCAGACGAGCUCUCGAAGCUCGCACUAAAUGGCACCGCCAAUCAACCCAACCCACAAGUCAACGGCACAAACGGCGUUAAUGGCCACUUAUCAGAUCAAGACGAUUCGGAUGACGACAAAGACGACGAUGCCACUGCUGCCGCCAACAGGGCACACGACAACACUGCCAGCGGGACCGUAAAGAAGAAAAAGAAGAAGAAGCCCAAAAAGAAGAAGGCAGGCGGUGCAAAGGUUCAAUCUGACCCGCCCCGUGUGCCUAUCAGCCAACUCUUCCCUAAUGGCACAUACCCUGUUGGCGAAGAGGUGGAAUACAAGAACGACAAUGCCUAUCGCACCACGAAUGAGGAGAAACGCCAUCUCGACCGCAUGAACAAUGACUUCCUCCAGGAAUACCGCCAGGGCGCCGAGGUGCACCGCCAAGUCCGUAAAUGGGUGCAUGAGCACGUGAAGCCCGGCAUGAGCUUGACGGAGAUUGCAGAAGGGAUUGAAGACGGGACUCGCGCUCUCACGGGCCAUUGGGGCCUUGAAGAAGGAGACAAUAUCAAAGGCGGUGUGGGCUUCCCCACGGGUUUGAGCAUCAAUCACAUUGCUGCACACUAUACCCCCAACGCCGGGAACAAAUGGAUCCUAGGCGAGAAGGAUGUGAUGAAAGUUGAUUUCGGAGUCCACGUCAACGGAAGAAUUGUGGACUCGGCAUUCACGAUGGCGUUUGAUCCAAAAUACGACAAUCUGCUUGCGGCGGUCAAGGACGCUACAAACACCGGGGUUCGGGAAGCCGGCAUCGAUGUGCGGGUCUGCGACAUUGGCGCCGCAAUUCAAGAGGCAAUGGAGUCGUACGAAGUCGAGCUCGAUGGCAAAACGUACCCUGUCAAAGCGAUCAGGAAUCUCAACGGGCACGACAUCGUGCAGUACAGCAUUCACGGUGGCAAAUCCGUGCCCAUCGUCAAGGGAGGCGAUCAAACCAAGAUGGAAGAAGGCGAGAUCUUUGCCAUCGAGACCUUCGGCUCCACCGGACGCGGCUACGUCGUCGAUGACCUCGAGGUCUCGCAUUACGCCAUGCGCUCUGAUCCUCCCAAUGUACCAUUACGUGUCCAGUCUGCGAGAUCCCUUCUCAAUGUGAUCAAGAAGAACUUCGGCACCAUUCCAUUCUGCCGUCGCUACCUUGAUCGUCUUGGCCAGGAGAAGUAUUUGCUCGGCUUGAAUAAUUUGGUCAGCUCGGGCAUUGUCGAGUCGUACCCGCCCCUUGUCGAUGUCAAGGGCAGCUACACUGCUCAGUUCGAGCAUACAAUCUUGUUGAGGCCUACAGUUAAGGAGGUCAUUAGCCGUGGUGAUGAUUAUUAA